UCUCCAAAGUCCAAAGUGACUGCCACCGGGGCCAAAGAUCUCGAUUAGGGUGGCGGCUAUAUUUGUCUCAUUGCCAGAACCUUCCGAGAGUGUUCACUACCAUGAAGCUGUUAAGCUAUAUCUCUUUGCAGCAGAGACUGUAUAAUAUAUUAUCAUUUCCCACUUUUUCACUUCCUAGAUAAGCAUCAUUAUUUAAUAGCCAGCUUCUUCUACCAUUAUCUUCGUUGAUUGGGUUCAGUUUACUCACUUAAACUUUGGUUUCCCAUUUUCAUCGUAUUUUCUUUUAUUGCUCAAAUUGCAUGCACUCUUGCUUGUUAAUUUCCUGAAUCUGUAAUUCUUUUAUUCUUCAUCAUCUUCUUCUUCGAGAAUCAAGUUUUUUUGUGAAUAAUCUUUGAAGGUGGUCUUUUUUAAUGGACACCCUUUUGGAAGGAUUACCUGGUUCUGUAAACAGAUUCAGAUUUGACCAUGAUUCAACCUUGGGCUAUUCAAACCAGAAUCUUGCUCAUGAGUUCAAAGUAGAGCAUAAAUUCAAUGGUUCCCAUUUCUCUCCUGACGAUUUAGAAAUUCCUUGUGAUUCAUCAUCUUCUCCGUCUUCGGGAUCGAGCUCAUCCGAUGCAGAUUACCCAGAAAACAGCCAAGAUUUCUCUCCUGCUGUUCUUAAGUACAUAAAUGAGAUGCUGAUGGAAGAAGAAGAUUUGGAGGUCAAGCCCUGCAUGUUGCAGGACUGUUUGGCUCUCCAAGCUGCUGAAAAAUCUUUGUACGAAGUUAUUGGUCAGAAUUAUCCCUCUUCCUUUAAUCAAUCUCUUUCCGUUUGUUCUAGCAAGCGGGUUGAUUCAGAAGGGGGUUUUGAUCAACAUGAAUUCGAAUCUUCUUUUAUCCAAAAUUCUCUAACUGAUUCUCCUCCUGUAGAUUCCCUCUUAGUUUUAGAUUCUCCUCCUGUAGAUUCCCUCUUAGUUUUAGAUUCAUUUUCUGAAACCAACUAUGUGGACCAUUUCAAUGAAGGAAUAAAGGAAGCAAGGAAGUUCCUUCCAAACAGGAAGGUGGAAAUCAUUGAUCUGGAAAGCAGUACCCCAUUGAAGGUUGAUGAAAGGUACAAAUCGAAAAGCAUAUCGAAGGGGAAGAAGAAUCAUCAUCGAGAAGACGGAGACGCUGAUCAACAAGGGAGGAGUAACAAGCAUUCUGCUGUUUCUCCAGAUUCUUAUGAGCCACAAGAAAUGUUUGACAAAGUAUUGCUUUGUCAAAAUGGACACCCAGAUUUAGAAUCCUGCGCUGAUGACAACGACAAAAUUGGGGAGAAGGGAAAGUUGCUGACAAAGGGAUCAAGUAGCAAAAAAUCAAGGCAGAAGAAACUGGAAGUUGUGGAUUUGUGGUCACUUCUGAAUCAAUGUGCACAAGCUGUGGCAAACUAUGACCAAAAAACUGCAAACCUACUACUCCAGCAAAUAAAGCAACAUUCUUCGCCGUAUGGUGAUGGAACUCAAAGAUUAGCUCAUUACUUUGCUAAUGGUCUCGAGGUUCGAUUGGUUGGAGGGUCACCAUUAUACAUGACUUAUGUCAGUAAUGGGACAUCGGCUGCUGAUAUCUUGAAAGCUUACCAUGCCUACAUCACUGCAUGCCCUUUCAAGAGAAUGUCAAACAUCUUUGCUAACAGAACAAUUGCUAAACUUGCAGCCAAAGCAACAAGGCUUCACAUCAUCGAUUUUGGUAUUCUCUAUGGUUACCAAUGGCCCUGUCUCAUCCAAGGUCUUUCAGUGAGAUCCGGUGGACCUCCAAUGCUUCGUGUCACGGGCAUUGAGUUUCCCCAACCAGGUUUCAGGCCUUCCGAAAGGGUUGAAGAGACAGGGCGAAGAUUGGCAAACUACUGCAAGAGAUUCAAUGUCCCAUUUGAGUACCAUGUCAUAGCAAAGAAAUGGGAAACUAUUCGAUACGAGGACCUCAAAAUCGAUAGAGAUGAAUUCAUUGCAGUGAACUGUAUCUACAGGAUGAGGAACAUACCGGAUGAAACUGUGUUGGAGGACAGUCCGAGGGACACAGUUCUGAAGCUGAUAAAGAGAAUCAAUCCGGACAUAUUCAUCCAUGGUGUUGUUAAUGGGACAUACAACACGCCUUUCUUUCUCACACGGUUCAGGGAAGCACUUUAUCACUUCUCUGCACUGUUUGAUAUGUUUGAGGCAAGCCUGUCAACCGAAGAUCAAGACAGACUGAGGUUUGAGAAAGAAGUGUUUGGUAAAGAUGUCAUGAAUGUCAUAGCAUGUGAAGGUCUGCAGAGGGUUGAGAGGCCUGAGACUUACAAGCAAUGGCAGGUUCGAAACGUAAGGGCGGGGUUCAAGCAGGUACCACUGGACAGAGAGAUAGUGAAGAAAGUGAAGAACAUGGUUAGGUCGGAAUACCAUAAAGAUUUUGUUGUGGAUGAAGAUGGGAUGUGGAUGCUGCAGGGAUGGAAAGGAAGAAUAAUCAAGGCCAUUUCUUGCUGGAAAGCUGCCUAGGUGUUGAAAAAGAAUUUUAUAUUGAAAGUUCCUUGACCAUCUUUAUUAUCUAGGCUUUAUAAAUGUAGGCCACAUAUAUAUAACCUUUAUGAUGUAACAGGCACUCUACUUGCUUGCUUAAUGAUAUUGUUUUUUCUAAAUUAAUUGAAAUUAUUGUUAUUAUUAUUAUUA